AUGACCGAAAUCAAGCCGAAUAAUACGCUGUAUAUUAAUAAUUUGAAUGAAAAGGUAAAGAAAGAUGAGCUCAGAAAUUCGCUAAUCGCCGUUUUUAAACAAUUUGGAGAAAUUGUGAGUGUCAUGAAUUUCCGAACGUUGAGGAUGCGCGGACAAGCUCAUGUGAUCUUUAAAGAUCUGGAAAGUGCCAUUGCUGCCAAGGAAGCGUUGAGCGGAUUCCCGUUCUACGAGAAACCAAUGAGAAUUCAAUUCGCUAAAGAGGAUUCGGACGCUAUUGCGAAGAUCAAGGGCACGUAUGUCAAGCGGGAGCCGAAAAUUGCUGUUGAUCGCGUCAAGAAACCGAAAAAAUCGAAGAAGGAUAAUGGUGAAGGACCGACGCCGCCAAACAAGAUUUUAUUCUGCACAAAUUUACCGGAAAGCGCGAAUACCGAAAUGCUCAGCAUUCUUUUCAGCCAAUUUUCUGGUCUCAAGGACAUUCGAAUGGUGCCAAAUCGUCCCGGAAUCGCGUUCGUCGAGUUCGACACCGAUUCCGAGGCUAUUCCGGCUCGUACAGCUCUCAACAACUUCAAAAUCACACCGGAGCAUAUAAUGCGUGUCGAUUAUGCGAAAAAAUAA